AUGACUCGCUUGUUACCCCAUUUUUGGAAUUUGACACAACUCUAUGAAACUUUGGUGAUUCUAUUGAUGGGUUUGGACAUUGCUGAAUAUCCUCUCUAUGAUUCAUUCCAUAUCAAGCAUCUUCAAGAUCAUAUUGUCGAAAAAUCCUCUUCCUCUAAGCCUAUUGCUGGUCAUGUUUUACCCAUAUUGAUGGCUCUUUGUCGUGAAGGUGGCCGAUAUCGACGAAGUAGAAUCCAAAAUGAAGGUAAAUACAAUAAUAGAAAAAAAAUUGGAUGGGGAUCAACAGCAAUCACAAUUAUAAAGAUUCAGCAUGAACUUGUAUGCCUUUUGGAUGAAUUAUACAAAAGAAGAAGUGAUUUUAAAGAAGAAUGCAAUCGACAGGAGAUUGUGGAUGAUAUAGUGGAAGUGUUGUUCCCUACUCUUGGCAAAUCUGGUGCUGGUGGAAAUGAUGAUGGUCUUUUAUCUGUGGAAGAAGAACUGCGGACAAAGGAAGAAUCUGCCCAUUUUGAUGAUUUUUGUGCAACACCCAGUUCAGCAACCACUUAUAGUCCUAUUGAUGGAAAGAUGAUGAUUUUCAACGAUGGUCAUAACAACAACAGCAACGUAUCGAGUCCUAUGAUGGAUGAUGGUAGUAUCAUCAAACGUGGUGGGACUUUGACUUUGAUGACAAAGACAUCUCCUCAUCUCAACAAAAAAUCGGGUGCUAUGCUUACUCGUUUAAGGUCUGCUAGCUGGAGUCAACACUCUUCAAUAACAAAUGAGGUUACACCUUUGGCUGACCUUGCUCUAGAGGCCCUCCUUCAAUUCCUAGUGGAUAUCAGUGUCGCCUCUGUUGUUGAUCCAGUAGAUAAGAAUCUUACAGUGUUAAACAUGGUUUUGAAUUCAUACCCACCAAGUAGUCUCGAUGCUCAGAUGAAAUUUGAAAGCUAUUUGUUGACUUAUAUAUCCCAAAAUCUCAAGAGUACGCUACAAUUUGAUUCCAAAUUACUUGGUAGCAAUGUGAUUCUGAUGAAUGUAGCCAAAUUUUGUCAAAUUGCAGCUGAUGCAGUGCUUCAAGGACGGUUUAUCGAUGGUGCUGAACAAACAUAUGAUCUCCUGGCGACUAUUUUGGAAACUUUACAUUCACUAGAUGGUACUGGCAUUAUGGGUCGUCGUGGCCUUAGUGAUACGGUGGCUACUUUAUAUAGGGCAUUCAAUCGCAUGGUAUUACUCAAGAUCUCUGAUCUAGAGCAGGGUGACAUGGUGGCGGAUCAAAUUGGUGCUUUCUUAAAUUACUGCAUUCAUCAUCAAAAGAUCAUCCUCAGUCCCAAAAAUACGGAUCAAGAAUUCUUACGAUGUUUCUGCUAUCAUCUUUAUCAAUUCCUCUCUUCUUCCAAUCAGACUAUCAGUAAUGAUGCUCUCAAUGUUUGGAAAUUACUAUUGCUACAGAAACCUGAUGCUGUGGCAAACGUGUUCAAGAUUCAUACUGGAGGUGAUGAUCUUUUGCAAGGUUUUUCGAAAAUGUUAGAAAUGGAUCAAGAAUCCUUUUUUGUUUGGGUGGACUCAAGGAAGAUUGAUCUUAACUUGUUAUUCAAAGAACAUGUGCACAAGUCAUGGGAAAGCGUCAUCCUUCAAGAAAAUAAGUAUAGUCGUGAAACUUGGAAAAAUCAUCAAGCUCGACGUGUUAACAAACUCAAGAAGGUGCAGAAACGUCAAAUAUAUGAAGCUGAAAUAUUUGCAGAAUAUACCACAAAAACUGCCGUUUGGUCCAGAAGUAUUCAGGAAGUGGAAACAAGUCGAUUUACCAAGGCACUUCAAGAUAAUGAUGGGCAUGAAAAGUUUAUUUGUAGCGAAUGGUCUCGUAUCAAUAGUGAUUUGACAAGGGAACGAGCCAUCUGGGGACCGCAACUAGACUCAACAUCCAAGGCAACGCAUUCCAAAUGGGCUCUUGACUUUACGGAAGGUCGACAUCGUAUGCGGAAAAAGAUUCGAUGUAUCUCUGACGGUCCUGCAACAUUAUAUUUACCAAAACACGAUUCCUCUUCUUCUCCUCCUUCCACUAUCUCUGAAAAGACGACUCCUCGUUCUCCUUUAACAUCUUCUGCAGAAAAAAGACUUAGUAAAAGCGGAAAUGAAGGUAAAUAUAAAGGAUAUGACAAUGAUGAAACAAAAGUAGUGGAAACAGAAAAUGAAGAUGAUUUAUCUUAUGAAGAAGACAAGAAUCAAAAAGUAUUGCGAUUGUUGGAUGCUGGAGAUAUGGUGUUGGAUGUUUACAAUGUUAGUCGAAUCGAAGGUCUAGAUGCUCGUGAAGGCUUAUUACUUAUUUGUAAACAUCAUAUCUACUUGGUGGAUAACUUUUUCCAACGUGUGGAUGGCGAAGUAGUUGAAAUUUGGGAUGUACCGAAACACGAACGUGAUGAAUACUUGUUAUUGUUAGCUCAAGCUGCAGGAAUGGAAACUGAACAUCCUAUUGGCUCUUCUGGAGAUCUUCAUACAUGCAGAAAAUGGGCGAAUGCUGAUUUACGUGAAGUAUUCAAGCGACGAUUCUUAUUUAGGGACGUUGCUCUAGAACUUUUUUUUGCUGAUGGUCAAAAUGCAUUAAUUACAGUAGAACGAUCUGAACGUGAUGAUCUAUUUACCAAACUGGUCAACCGUGUUACUACAACAAAUGAUAAUGAUAUGAAGGGAUCCAUCUUUGGCGCUGUCGACAAAGAAUCAAGCACAUUGGGUAAUGCAUUCAAAUUCACAAGCAUUUUUGGCAGCUCAACCUUACAUGAUCUUACUCAAAAAUGGGAACGAAGGGAAAUCACCAAUUUCCAAUAUUUAAUGUAUAUUAAUGCUAUUGCAGGACGCUCAUACAAUGAUUUGACUCAAUAUCCUGUAUUUCCAUGGAUUCUGGCUGACUAUACUAGUGAAAAACUUGAUUUGGAUAAACCUGAAACUUUCCGUGAUCUUUCCAAACCAAUGGGAGCUCAAACGGCCGAACGACGAGAUGAAUUCCAAGACCGAUAUCGUCAAUGGGGAGAAACCAACGAUCCUGCACCUGCUUUUCAUUAUGGAACACAUUAUUCAUCUGCUAUGAUUGUAUGUUCUUUUUUGAUUCGAUUGGAGCCAUUUACUCAACACUAUUUGAAGCUUCAAGGUGGAACAUUUGAUCAUGCUGAUCGUCUAUUUGAUUCUGUUGGCAAGGCUUGGGAAUCCGCUUCGGAAAAGAAUAUGGGUGACGUGCGUGAACUAAUCCCUGAAUUUUUCUGUCUACCCGAAUUCUUGGAAAAUGUCAAUAAAUUCAACUUUGGCACAAAACAAGGCACAGGUGAAACAAUUGAUUCAGUUACCUUACCCCCUUGGGCAUCUAAUGAUCCAAAAAUAUUCAUUCAACGUCAUCGGGAAGCAUUGGAAAGUGAUUAUGUUAGUCAAAAUCUACAUCAUUGGAUUGAUCUUAUCUUUGGAUAUAAACAACAAGGGAAAGCAGCCAUUGAUGCAUUGAAUGUAUUCCAUCAUGUAUCAUACGAAGGUGCUGUGGAUCUGGACGCUAUUACCGAUACUGUAGAGAAGACAGCAACAAUUGGUAUUAUCAACAACUUUGGACAAACUCCUCGUCAAUUGUUCAAGAAACCACAUCCGGCUAGAUCUCCUCCUACUCAUGAUCCUUUAGCACUGGGAUUCUAUCCUUUACGUAGUCAUUUGCAAAAAUUGAUUCAAUCUAUUUAUCCUUUACGUGGUGUUACUACUUGUCAACAACUUUAUAUACCACCGGAUGCUUUACACUAUAUUGAAUGGGGUUACUCGGACAAUAGUUUACGUUUGUAUUCUUCAGAUUCUGGCAAGGUAAACACAUAA